UGACCUUGUUCUAGAGAAGCUUCAUGAGGACACAGAGAAGCAACCUUUAUAACAAACUGCUUACCCUUACCUUUGACAGCCGUAGGAGCAGGAGAAAAGUUCAGCUAACCUCUUAGUUUGGGUCUCAUAGCUCACCAAAGUAAAGCGGUUAGCUCUUUCCUUGCUGAACGUGGCGACGCCGAAGGCUAGCACGUAUAUGAGAAGACUACUGUCGAUAUGAUCGAAAUUCAAAGCAGUCUAGGCUACACAUAGAGUCUACCCUUCGUGAAAGGUAGCAUUUAAACCGAAUUGGUUCGAAGUCAUACUGAACUGCAAUAGAGAAUAUGAAUAUGGCACCAUGGAUUAUCCUAAUGACUCUGGUGACUUUGUCUACCAUUUGUCUACCAACGACUGAGGGGAAAAAAGAUGAGAUUGUGUACUGUUCUGCAUGUAGAGCUAUAGUGGAUGAGCUGAACUUUUCCAUCAGUCAAGUUGACCCAAAGAAGACCAUUCAUGUUGGAAGCUUCAGACUAAACCCUGAUGGCAGCAUGGUUGAUAAAAAGGUUCCUUUGGCUAGGUCUGAGACUCACCUCAGUGAUCUGUUGGAGGGGGUUUGCGGCAGCAUGAGUGACUAUGCACUCUAUGAGGACCCAGACACCCAGGAGAAACAAUACAGGAGGUUCGCUCCCAGAGACGGGAAUAAUGCGGAUUUCCCUAAUUUCAACAACUUCAAGUUUGAUGGGCCUGACGGUUCCACUGCCCUGAAAUUUGCUUGUGAGAGCAUCGUUGAGGAGUUGGAGGACGAUAUCAUCACUCUCUUCUCUCAGAACUCAGACCAUGUGGUUGACAAGUUAUGCAACAGGAUUUCAGAUCAUUGUAAAGACCCCAAACUCAAGAAUGAGGAGCUUUAGUUACAGGAAACAUUGUUUACAAAGAUGGGACCACUUUGGAUUUUUACUUUUACAGAGGCCUUGCAUAAUAAUCUGUGACAAUCAACUUGAACCUUUUAAAAUAAAGUUUCCUUUUUUGUAUUGGCAGUUGUUGCUGCUGUUAUAAAAGCCUCCUUGAGGGAAAUGAAGGAAACAAUGAUGUGCGAUUUGAGAAGUUCUGUAAUACUCUCCUGUUUUUGUAAUACUAGUCUCACACAGCUAUGUAUUACUUAUUUCAUGCAGACCUACAUUAAAACGUAUACAUCAUUAUCACUUCCAUUUGAACAGUUGACUCAAAUUAAAGAAAAGGUUCAAAUGUU